AUGAGUCAGCACCAUGUGAAUCAAGGAACCAACAACAUAUUCUACAAGACCCGGAUCUGUCACAAGUUUCUUGAAGGAAACUGUGGAAAUGGUGACAGUUGUACUUUUGCACAUGGCUCUAACGAUCUACGUGAACCCCCACCAAAUUGGCCAGAGCUUGUGAAGCAUAAAAGAGGACUAGAUUUGGAUGAUGAUCAAAGAAUCAUACACCAAAUGAAAAUAUGUCAAAAGUUUGCUAAAACGGGUGAAUGCUCUUAUGGAGAAAAAUGUAUUUUUCUCCAUGAAAGUCCUGCAAAAUUUAAGGGUCAAAUUACAGAAAGAACAAGUGGAGAUUCGGUAAUCAAGAUUCAGACUAUGGUUGAAUGUGGUCAACCCAAUGGUAGCCAUAUUAUCAAAGUUACUACUUCUAGCAGUGAUCCUAAUGCUAAGUUUUUGAAAAGUCGAAUUUGUAGCAAGUGGGAAACAACCAAGACGUGUCCAUUAGGAGAUAAAUGUCACUUUGCUCAUGGGAUUAAAGAAUUAAAUACACCAGUUGCACCUACGGAGGUUCAUGGCUCCACUGCCACUAGUGCACUCCGCUUACCAGUGACUGAACUGCCGCCUAGUAAUUCUGCCACAGCUGUUCCUUUAAGACAAGGCGAAGGAAGGGGGUUUGCAAAGUUGAGAUUAUCAAAUAAGAAGAUCAAUCGUAUUUAUGGAGAUUGGAUUGAUUAUGAAAAGGAUGAGCAAGAUGAUUAA